AUGGCCAACCCAAUUCAUCUCUUCGACCUCUAUUCCGAUUUCCCUGGAGCAUCAAAAUCAUGGUCCUAUAAUACCCUAAAAGCCCGCGCAGUCCUCAAUUUCAAAGGACUCAAGUAUACCCAAAGCUGGGUCUCCUACCCCGAUAUCCAACCCCUUGAAACCAGCCUAGGUAUUCCGCCAAAUAAACAAGGCCGUCCAUACACCAUGCCCGCAAUCAUCCACAAGUCCCCCGCAACCCUCACUCCCAGCGGCGGCUUGAUAGACUCGUUCGCCAUUGCGCAGCAUCUUGACAGGGAAUUCCCAUCCCCGCCCCUUUUCCCAUCCGGCGACGCGAGCUACGCGAUCUUCGUCGCUGUCGGGAAAUUCCUCGCUCGUGUAGAGCUGGGGUUCAGGCCACUGAUUGUACCCCGGGUACCCGAGCACCUAGAUCCGAGGGGAAGAGAGUACUUCAUCGAGACGAGAUCUGCGGCGCUUGGAAAACCGCUCGCAGAGGUUCGACCCACUGACGAAGAGGCCCUAGCUCGACUGUGGGAUGUGGUGGAACAGGAGACUGCGCCGCUGAUUGCGAUGCUGAAAGGGCGGGAUGGGAAGACCGGGCCGUUCUUCGAAGGCGAGAGGCCGAGCUAUGCGGAUCUGUUUCUGGCGGCGCAUUUGGCCUUUAUUGAGCGCUUUGAUAAAGAGCUUUUUGGGAGGUUCGUGGAGCUUUGCAGUGGUGAGUUUGGCAGAUUAUAUGAUGCCUGUUUGCCGUGGUUGGAGGGCCAAGGGGAAGACAUCGAGUGGCCGGUUCCGGCUGCGGCGUAG